GUCCAGUUGCAGCCGAAUAGUACUACCUCGUAAUGCAAUGACUGCCGGCAAACUUCUAUUGAUAUCUGCAUCUCUAUUGAGUGUAUUCAAUGUUACUGCAUUAGGCUCAAUUUGCCAAUGUAAUGACCAAUAUGGUUCCAUUUAUACGUCAAUACCACUAAAAACACAAUAUAAAAAUUUACAGGACUAUUCCGUCUCAUUAUCUGGAAAUUCUGGUUUUGGUCUAUCAGAGUAUGCAACUCAACAAACUUCCGAAAAAGGAUACGACACACUCCAACUCUACAAAUCUGAAAACAAUAAAGAAGAUUCUUAUAAAAAGCAGCUUAAAUUAAGUCAGCCACAGUAUAAAAAACUAUUAGAAGUAAAAGAGAAUAACAAGCAAUCAUACUCACAACCGAUGUACUCGUUUCAACCAACAUAUAUGAAAUACAAGUUGGAAGAUGUGUUUGGUAAAUCAGAGAGUCUUCAGUAUAAAAAAUCUCAAGAAAAACCCCAAAUACAAUACGCCAAAUAUGAUGAAGGUUCAGAUUUUUUUAAAAUUGGAAACAAAGAACUGGAGGAUUUACUGAAGGACGACAAAAAGAAUGAUUAUAAAGUAAAGGAUGAUGCAGGAGAAUACAAGGCUGAAGUAGAAAAAAAUAAAUACUUAAUAAGCAGUCCUAUUUAUUUCGAUAAAAAAAUUACCCCUAAAGACGAUAACAAACCAGAGCAAGAUAAAUAUAUUCCAAGGAAAACUUAUGGAAAAGAAAAUGAAGAUGAAGGCUAUUCAGAUAACGGUGAAGGUUAUAAGGAUCACCAUCAUGAUAAAAAUAUCUACUACAAAUUUGAAUACGCUGUAGACGAUAAAAAAACCCACGACAUAAAACAUCAAAAAGAAGAAAGAAAGGGCGACAAAGUAGAAGGAGUGUACUCUUUGGUAGAAGACGGAGGAAACGUUAGGACUGUAAAGUAUGUAGCAGACUGGAAAAACGGGUUCCGCGCAGAGGUAUCAAAUUCAAAGAAACCUAGAGUUUAUUAGAAGCAAUUGUUUGUUUUAAGUUUGUUAAAGUUUAAAUUUAUUUUUAAAUUUUAAGUUCUAUAUUAGUACACAAAAUGUGUACAUUUUAUUUUAAUUUAUUUUUUUUAAUUGUUUUCUAUUUGUUUGUCUACUACUACUACUUGUUGGUUUAUAAAGUUCUUCGCCGUUUUCCGACUUGAAAUCGUCAAUUAGUCCGGUUGUUCUGUUAUUUAUUCCAUCGCUCCAACUUUUUCUCAGUCUACCUCGUUUUCUCUUUUCUUCUGGUUGCUAUCUUAAUACUUCUUUUGGUACUUAUUCGUUGUUUAUCAAUUAUUUGUAUGCGUCCGAACCAGAUAAGUUAUUUUGUUGUUAGGUCAUCUGUGACUGUUCGUUUGAUUACCAUUAUUUCUCUAAUGCGUUCGUUGGUAAUCCAUUUCCAUCGCUUUUAGCGUUGCCAGUGUUGUUUUUUUCAGUGGCCAUACCUCACAACUGUAUAAAGUGAUACUUUUUACUAUAGUCUUAUAUAUCCUCUUUUUAUUUUCUUUGCUGAUGGAUUGGUCCCAUAAAAUGCUGUUUAACAUUGUGAUGGCUUUUCUCCCUAACCUAUUUUCCUCUCUUAUGGCCUUGUCUAAUGAUCCAUCUUGUGAAAUAGUGAUACCUAGAUAUUUGUAGUCACAGCAGUGCCUUGUCGUGGUGUUAUCGUCUAAUACGAAAUCUUUUUGUUCUACUGCAAUGCACAGGUAUUCGGUUUUCUUGUUAUUUAUUUCUAGACUCCAUAUAUCAUAUUCUUCAAUUAAUUUUCGUGCCACAUAGUUUAAAUCGUCAUUAUCUUAAGCCAAUAUUACUUGAUCGUUCCUGCUUGUUCUUCUGCUUCAUAAUCUAAGUAUUCUCUCGCGAUUCGGUUCUUUAAAACCUUUACAUAUAUUCGACUUAUAGAUCCGCUUACAGCUAUUCCUCGGUAAUUUUCACAAUUAUUUUUAUCACUUUUUUUAUGUAUAGUAAUAAGGUAUGAUAUCUUCCAUUUCGUAGGAGUACAAUUUGUUCGUUUUGUACUUAAAAAAUUCUGCGGGUUUAUCUCCUGGUCCGGGUGCUUUGUCUUCAGCUGUUUACAUACAUUUUUAAUUUCCUCUGUUGUUAAUCUUAUUGGCAAGCCGACUAUAGAAAUUCUAUCUUGGUUUUGAUUUCUAUAUUCUUGAAAUUCGACUCUAUUUUCUACCAAAAGUUCUUUGAAAUACUCUUCCCAGUCUUCGGGUUUUAUGCUCUGCAUUACUUCUUCAUUCUUUUCUUUUCCCAAUUUUUCUAUCAGUUUUCAGCUUUCUGUGCUUUUGGUUCCUUCUAGAUGAGUAUUUAUUCAUUGACAGUUCCUUUCCCAAGACUCGUUCUUCUUCUUAGAGAUUUUCUUUUGUAUUUCUGCUUGUUUUUCUUUAUAUUUUAUUAUGUCUUGUAACGAUUUUGAGCUUAAAUAUUGUUGGUAUAGUUGUCUUUUACAUUUUAUUUUUUCCUCUAUUUCGUUAUCCCACCAGUAUGGUUUGUUUACCUUGGAUUUUAUGUAGUGUCCCAUCGCUUUAAAUGCUGCUUCGUUUUAACAGUUUUUUAUAUGUUCAUAUCACUUCUUAUAGGUAGCUUCUCAUCCAAUCUAUUUUUGAAUAAGUCUUGGGCACUUUAUUCAUCUAGGCUUCUGAUGUUGUAUCUUCGUUCGAUUAUCUUUUCUGUCUGUAUGUUUAUGUCUAUAUGUGUUUCCCUUUGUUGUCUUUGGAUUGGGAAGUUUAUUUUUGAACGUAAUAAAUAGUGAUCGCUACCGCAUGUUGCGCUUCUCUGAACUCUUACAUUACUCUCAGUCGGGUUUUUUGUUUUGUUAUAAUAUAAUCGAUUAUUGAUUUUAUGUUUCGUGUUCCCUAAAUCCAUGUAUAGCUGUGUAUCAGUUUAUGUGGAAAGUAUCCAUUUAAGAUUCUGAGUUGAUUCUGGUUGCAUAAAUCUAUGAAUCUUUCACUAUUGUUGUUCCUGGCGUCUUUUCCCUAUUUUCCUACUAUACUGUUAAUCAUCAUCAGUUGACGCUACAGCCCUUCGUGAGCCUUGGCCUGCUUCAAAACAUUCUUCCAUCCUUCCCUAUCGAGUGUCUGCCUUCUCCAGCCCCUCACUCCAAUCUCCCUCAGAUCUUCCUGUACAUCGUCCAGAUAUCUGAGUUUAGGUCGCCCCCUUCUUCUUCUUUCGACCGGUCUGUUUAGCAUAGUUAUUUAGUGGGAUCACUCUCAUCCAUCCGCAUAACGUGGCCCACCCACCUUAGGCGGUUUAUUUUGAUGGUCUUCACAAUAUCUGCAUCACCAAAAAGUCUAUAGAGUUCAAAGUUACAUCGCCUUCUCCACAGACCCUGUUCGUUUACUCCGCCAUAUAUGGUCCUUAAUACUUUUCUUUCAAAGACUCGUAGUAACUCUUCAUCUCGGGUCGUCAUUGCCCAUGUUUCCGAUCCGUAUGUGAGCACUGAGCGUAUUAUUGUUUUAUAAAGUUUGCACUUUGUUGCUAUUCUCUAUUGACAUACUUCUCGCUCUUAGUUGAGGGCCCAAGCCAAAAUACCAGCGGUAGCCACGCAUAUUCUUUUUUUUUUGUCUCUUUGGAUGUGUUAUUUUUGUAGUCUACCAGUGAUCCUAAGUAGCAGAAUUCUCCUACCUUUUCUAUCGUUUCGUGUUGUACCUCUAAGUUAUUUUGUUGAAUUCUUGAUAUGGCCGGCAUAUAUUUAGUUUUCUGGAUGUUAAUCAAAAGUCCGAUGUUUUCUGCGGCAUUUUUGAUACGUGUGAAAGCCUCCACUGCUUCAUUUUGGGUUCUUCCAAUUAUGAUGAUAUCAUCAGCGUAUGCCAUUACUUGUAUACUACGGGUAUAUAUCGUACCUUUUAAGUUUAUUCCCGAAUCUCUCAUAACUUUUUCUAACGCUAGGUUGAACAGCGUGCAUGAUAGCGCAUCUCCCUGGCGCAGUCCUCUGUUGGUUUUAAAUGGUUUUGAAACAUCUUGUACGCGCACUUUACAUUCGACUUUCAUCAUUGUCGUUUAAUUAAUUCUACCAAACCUUUUGGUAUUCCUAAUUCGAUCAUCGCCGAAUAUAAUUGGGGCCUGUCAAUUGUAUCGUACGCUGCCUUAAAGUCUACGAAGAUGUAAUGGCAGUCCAUGUCGUACUCCGUCGUUUUUUCCAAUAUUUGUCUGAUGGAUGAUAUGUGAUCAAUGGUAGAUUUGUUUUUCAAGAGACCUCUUUGGUAGGAUCCUAUUAUAUUGUCAGUAUACCGUGCCAGUCGUUCGUUAAGUAUCAGGGACACAAUUUUGGAUGCUGUCUACUGUUAAUAUCCCCCAUUAAUAUUAUUUUUCGCCAUUGACUUAUAUUUGAUAUUUCUUCGUGAAGCUGUUUAAAAAAUGCGUCUUUUACGAUGGCUAGUGCGUCGUUAUUUAUUGCGUAUACACCCAUAAUUGUUAGUUUAUAUCCGUAAGACACAUAUUUACGUUAAUUAAUUAAAAUUUGUUUGUUUGUACAUUUAUUUAAGUUUUCAUCUAAAUACUAUAAAAAACUAUGAAAAUAUGUGAAAAAUGUAUAGUGUAAAAAUUUCAAAAUGUAUUAACUUUUGUAGAUGGUAGAUUUUUGUUAUUUACAUGUUUAAUAUAUAUUAUAUCGUUAAUAAAAUGUUAUAAUCA